CUCAUUUUGUUUCACUUCUCUACCUUCCCAUAAAUUUCCCACUCAAAUUCUCGAAGUGAAUAAUUAAACCAACUCCUAAGUCCAAACUCAGAAGUUUCUAAAAAACAACAGAUAUUCCAAGAUGCCGCACUGCCUCCACGUUUUUUAUUUUUUUUCCUAUUAAUCCUUAUUUAUAUAUACGUAUACACACAACUGAGGGGGGGCCUUAAUAGUAAUAAUUAUAACUAUAGAGAGAGGCGAAAACUGUUAGAUGUGAUUCAGAGUCUGAAGACAGAACAGAGAGAUUAGUCAUCAAUGAUGAAGAAGUGUGAGCUCUGUGAUUCACCAGCAAAGAUGUACUGUGACUCGGAUCGGGCUAGCCUAUGCUGGGACUGCGAUGCCCGAGUCCACAGCGCAAACUUCCUGGUAGCUAAGCAUUCGAGGACUCUGCUCUGCCGUGUGUGUCAAUCUUUGACGCCUUGGAGCGGCUCAGGCCCCAAACUCAGCCCCACUGUCUCGGUCUGCCAAAACUGUGUUAAGGGCUGCUAUCAAAACGACACCAGAAUCCAACCAAACGAUAACGAAGAGGAAGAAGGAGAAGAAGACGACGACGAUGAUGAUGAUUACGAAGAUGACAGUGAAGAAGACACCGAUGAGGAUGUUAGUAAUGAUGAUGGUGGUGGUAGGGACGAAGACAACGAUGAAGAGAAUCAAGUAGUUCCAUGGACAAAUAAUCCACCUCCACCAGUGCCAAGCUCUUCAAGUUCAAGUGGCGAGUCUUCCAAGUCCAACGGCUUGUUUAGCAGUCGAGAAAAGCUUUCUGAAUCAGAAACGACAUUUUUCUGGAAAGUAUAGAAGCUUUUCAAAAGCAGGGUUUUCAUAAGAGCAGCUUGCCAUUCUCAAACAGAGCACAAAAAACACAGACGAGGGAAUUUCGAAGCUGGAGCAGGCUAGACCCAAAGGAUCAUGGCAUGGCUUGUGUCGUUGGCUGGCCUGGCUUAGUAAAAAUGCUCCACCAUAUUUUGGUAAAAUGUGACAAUUAUUUCUCGUACUAACUAAUAGACCUCUAAUCACUUUCACAUGUAAAAGUUUUUCUUUUUUUAUUUACGUGUAAUCGUAAUUAAUGUAAUGUAAAUCAAUUUGCUUUAGAGAUAAUCAAGUGUCUGGUGGACCAUAUUCGCAAUCCUUA